GAUGGAGUUACAAUAGAAAUGGUUUCUCUUGGUGAAUUAGAAAAACUUUAACUCUGUUCUGCUAUAAACACUCAGGAGACAGAUUGGAUGUGUGUGGAGAAACAGGAGAACCCUGAUCCAAACCAUGGAGUCGUGCUCAUCUAAGGAGGAGGAGAAGGUGCAGUGGAACAGCUACGCCCAUGAAAGUCUCAACGAAAUCAAAGUUCCUGAAAUGGAAGAGGAGAAAGCUGAAGAUGAUGAGAACCUCUACUGUGAGGAGUGCAAAUCCUUCUUCUUCAACAAGUGUGAGCUUCACGGUCCAGCUCUCUUCAUCCCUGAUACCUCUGUACCCACUGUGGUUCCAGACCGAGCCAGACAGACUCUUCCACCCGGUCUAGAGGUUCAGCGGUCUGGUAUUCCUGGUGCAGGUCUGGGGGUGUUUAAUAAGGGGGAGACCGUUCCAGUGGGUGCACACUUCGGACCCUACCAGGGAGAAGCGGUGGAUAAAGAGGAAGCCGUGAGCAGUGGGUACUCCUGGGUGAUAUACAGGAGUGGUCGGGGUGAGGAGUACAUAGACGCCAAGAGUGAGAUGCAUGCCAACUGGAUGAGGUACGUGAACUGUGCUCGUAACGAUGAUGAGCAGAAUCUGACGGCGUUUCAGUAUCGAGGAGGGAUUUACUUCCGCUGCUGUCGACCGAUUAACCCGGGACAGGAGCUUCUGAUGUGGUACGAGGAGAAGUACGCCAAAGACCUGGGCAUCACAUUCGACUACAUUCAGAAGAAAAGAUGCUCAGAAAAUGAAACCAGCGGUGCCACAUUGGAAGUCUUCUCCUGCUCCUUGUGUCCACUCUCCUAUAAUGCCCAAAUUUACCUCCAUCGGCACAUCAGAAGAUCCCACCAUGAUGAGUCCGUCCAACUGCUGAGACCUGAAAAGGGCGGUCACGUGACCCUGAGGACCACAGAGAGCUCCAGCCAUCGGCAGAAGUCAUCUGAUCUCCCCCAGACUGAAACCUCCUACGAAACAAACCAGAAAUCAGACAGUAAAAGACACCAGCGCAUUCACACACCAUCCAGAACGUAUCAGUGCUCGGAGUGUGGAAAGAGCUUCAAAGCAUGUGGCAAUCUGAAGAUCCACCAGCGCAUUCACUCCGGAGAGAAGCCGUAUCACUGCUCGGUGUGCAGGAAGGAUUUCACCAUGCUGAGCGACCUCCAGCGGCACCAGCGCAUUCACACGGGAGAGAAGCCGUACCAGUGCUCGCAGUGCGAGAAGAGGUUCAAUCGACACAGCAGUCUCCAGCGACACCAGCGCGUUCACACGGGAGAGAAGCCGCAUCAGUGCGCGCAGUGCGGGAAGAGGUUCGCGGAGUGCGGCGCUCUCGUUAUACACCAGCGCGUUCACACGGGGGAAAAGCCGUACUGCUGCUCGCAGUGUGGGAAGAGUUUCACUCAGCACAGCGCUCUCCAGCGACACCGGGUCAUUCACACCGGAGAGAGGCCGUAUCAGUGCUCGCAGUGUGGGAGGAGGUUCACCCAGCAGUGUGAUCUCCAGCGACACCAGCGCAUUCACACAGGAGAGGAGCCGUAUCAGUGCUCGCAGUGUGAGAGGAGGUUCACUCAUAAGCACCUUCUCCAGGUACACCAGCGCUACCACACAGGAGAGAAGCCGUAUCACUGCUCAGAGUGCGACAGGAGCUUCACUCUCUACAGCACCUUCCACCGACACCAGCUCGUACACCGAGGGGAGAAACCGUACCGCUGCUCCGAGUGUGGGAAGAGUUUUACCCAGCAGGGGACGUUUCAAUCUCACCAGCGUGUUCACACCGGAUUAAAGCCGUAUUACUGCUCCGAGUGCGGACAGGGUUUCUCUUAUUCAAAUGAUCUCCAAAAGCACCAGCGCAUUCACACGGGAGAGAAGCCGUACCACUGCACGGAGUGCGGGAAGAGUUUCAAUCGCCAGAGUACUCUCAAGAGACACCAGCUCACUCACACGGGGGAAAAGCCGCAUCAGUGCUCGGAGUGUGAGAUGAGCUUUACUCACCAGAGUAAUCUUCAGCGACACCAGCGCGUUCACACAGGAGAGAGACCAUACCAGUGCUCUCGGUGUGGGAAGAGUUUUUCACAACAGAAUGCACUGCAAGAACACCAGGGCAUUCACACCAGAGAGACGCUCUACCUCUGUUCGGAGUGCGGGAGGAGCUUUACUCACCAGAGCGCUCUGCUUCGGCAUCAGCGCAUUCACACUGGAGAGAAGCCGCAUCAGUGCUCGCAGUGUGGGAAGAGUUUUAAUCGGCAGAGUCAUCUCAAAGAGCACCGGCGCGUUCACACAGGAGAGAAACCCUAUACCUGCUUACAGUGUGGAGAAAGCUUCAGUCGGCAGAGUGCUCUAGCCAGGCACAAGCGCAUUCACACAGGAGAAAAGCUGUACGACUGCUUACUGUGUGGAAAACGUUUUAAUCAGCAGAGUACUCUCCAGCGACACCAGCUCAUUCACAGAAGACAGUAGACGUAUCACUGAUUACAGGCUGGGAGAGCUUUACUCACUAGGGUCAUCUCCAGUCCCACCAGCGCAUUCACUCAGAAAAUCUAGCAGUGUUGCCGGUGUGGAUGGAGUUUAUUUAAAGUCAUUACACAAUACACACUUGUUUCUACUCUCACUGUCCAUUUUAUC